GGCUCGCGCGCAUGCGCACGCGGAGGCUAUAUAGACGCACACGGCUGGAUGCAUUGUAUUACAAUGGAGCAGCUCUUCGUAAUUAUCCCAGUGCUAGUAGUAUCCGCAGAAGCUCUCUCAGGUGGUCUAGCUCUUUCUUUCUUUUACCCAGCAUUAUUGAUAACAUUUUUCCAGCAGCAUGCGUACAGUUGAGAAGUGGAAUUGAGCUCUCGUCCAGCAUCAACAGUGAGAAUAGGACUGCAGCUUGUCCAGGAGAAUCUGUGAUAUAUACAUGUACUGUACCUAACACUGGUGUUCUGCAAUGGGCAGUGGAGUCUUUCCAUACCUUUGAAAGCAACUCCAUCAUACUUAGUGUUCAGCAUGACCCAGUUGGAACAGUAGUCGAAGAAGGACUAAUUAUUGCUAAUGUCACUAACGUUGUCCCUAAUAUGAUUUACCUUGGACAAAUCACAUCUACUCUGACCAUCUUAGCGCAUGGAAGCUUCCACAAUAAGAGAGUGUGGUGUGGCAAUGGCGCCUCGGAUGAAAUUGAGUCAGCUUGCAUUUUGCACCAUUAUGGAGUUGCUCCAUCAAGCCCACUCUCUCCCGUUUACACAACUACACAUCAUGACAUUGAGACUUUCACAGUUCUGUUGGAGUGGACAAGACCACAGAGCGAUGGUGGACUGGGAAUAUCGAACUACACCACUACACUAAGAUCUCUGCAUUCCUUACACACCCAUGUAGGCAGGCGAAACAAAUUGUACAUAACAUUACACUACAACCAAAUGUACAUAAUGCAAAAUACUGCUACAAACUGUGGAGGAAUGGGCCCACCUGCUAACAUUACUAGCAUCUACUCUGUGAGCUGCGGACUUCCAGAUUUGUUAUCAGCUAAUGCUAGUAACCAGGAAAAUACGGUCAUACCCACACACGAGGGAAGUCAAGUAAAGUUUGUGUGUGCUGAUGAUGAGGAAAUUGUCUUGAAAUGUUCAAGCAAUAGCUCCUGGACUCCAGACCCAUCGGAAAUCAAGUGUUCGAACAUAAUUUUGAGUGAUGCAGCACACUGCAGUGCUCCGAUGCUACCGCCACAUUCACACACAGAUAAAGAAAGAAGUGUUCUUGGAUCAGUGCUUGUCUACCAAUGUGACAGCGGAUAUGAACCAACUGAACUGAUGGUGUCCAAGUGCUCUUCGUCUGGAGAAUGGACACCAAAUAUCACUGCUCUAGAGUGCACCAAGCAAGUCGACUGUGGAACUCCACUUGCUCCAAUGGGUGGUACUCUUCAUUACACUGGCACUGAAAGAAGCUCAAAGGCCCUUAUUGAAUGUGGCAGAAGCUUGGAACUACAAGGAGAUGAUGUGAAUCGUGUGGCUGUGUGUACAGCCAACGGGACCUGGUUCCCCGAUCCUUCCACUCAGGGAUGUUUUGAAACAGGUGUGUCCCAGCUGCUUUGGCAUCGUAUGAUUUUAUGCAUUUUUGCAGAGACGUACUUUUCCAACAACAAACGUGAAGAUGCUGUUUACUUGUAUCUUAUCACUGGAGGAGCUGUGUUUUUGGUUUCGUUUCCUUUGGGAAUGUUACUUGGUUGUUUGUACUCUCAAUAUCACAAGCGAAGAGCGAAUCACAGGAAUAAACAACUCCCUACAUAUGAGGAGGUGAAAGUGAAAGAACCUCGGAAAGAACAAGCAGAAACUGUUAUGAUGAUAGAAAAUGAGGCGUACUCCUUGCCUAAAAUUUUGCAUCAAUGA